UGCCGGCCCCCCACCCUUCACGGCGGGAAUCGUCAGUGGGAGGGGGAGGGGCGGGCCGCGCGCGCCGCGCAGGCGGAGGAGGGCGGCGGUGGGGCAUGGCGGAGAGCGGUGCCUGGCUCCUGGUGCUGAGCUCGGUGUUCCUCUGCAACGCGCUCAAGAUCCUCCUGCCCUCCUGCUCCUCCAUUAUAUUCAGACUGUUACAAAAGGAUGCAGAGCAGGAAUCCCAAAUGAGAGCUGAAAUUCAGAACAUGAAGCAAGAACUCUCAACCAUUAGUAUGAUGGAUGAGUUUGCUAGAUAUGCCCGUCUGGAAAGAAAGAUUAACAAAAUGACUGACAAACUUAAAACUCAUGUAAAAGCCCGAACUGCUCAAUUAGCCAAAAUAAAGUGGGUUAUAAAUAUUGUAUUCUACAUCUUACAAGCUGCCUUGAUGAUCUCACUAAUUUGGAAGUACUAUUCUGAGCCAGUUACAGUGCUUCCAAGCAAAUGGCUCGCUCCACUGGAGCGCCUGGUAGCCUUUCCUACAGGGGUGGCAGUUAAAAAACGGGAACAGUUGUCUUUUGUGAAAGACGAAGUCUGAGCUAAUCUCUGUUACUUCAGUUGGGUAUCUGUAAGUGCUUUUUCCGUUAUAUUAUCUUUCCUUAGUGGUUUUUUUUUUUUUUUUUUUUUUUGUUCAGGUUCAUAAUCAGCUGUUUUUGAAGAAAAGCAUUGCUAUCUAUAAAACCACAUUUUUAGUCUAUUUUGACCAUGAUUCAUGGCAUAACCUUAAAACUUUGUCAUGGCCUAUUCACCAAGAUCUAAAAAUGCUAGAUUUUUAUACCUUUAAGGUGGAAAUGCACUUACAUUAGGAAUUGUUCUGAGAGCUUUGUUCCUCCUUUGCUGUAUAAUAUGGCAAUUUCACCCAAAGGUGGGAUUAUAUUUGGUGACAGAUGAGACUAGAGGAAGGUAGUUUGGUUGGUUUAGUGUAAAACAGAAUGAAUUACCUCCUUGCUUUUCUACACUAGAAUUGGGAUAUUCUUGGACUGUUAGAAAAUGUAGGACUGAUACAAUAUGCAGAAUCAGCAUGUUGCCUCUUGAGAUUUUGUCAGUUGCCAAAUGCAGGAUGGCUGAUUACCUCUUCUGCCCUGUCUUUUAAAAUUCACUGAAAGCUUAAAUUUUUCUUGCUUUUAUUGAAAACCAACCUUUCCUUGUGAUUUUUUUUCUGCUUCCCAAACUGGCAUAUCCCUAGAAACUAGUGAUAUUCACUCACUGGAAACUGGUUCCUUCCAUGUUUUGGGAGGAAGGGUCUAAUCAGCAUUCUAAAGCUUCGUGUUCAGAAGAAUAAGGUAGGAGACUGUGCCGUUCCUUCAGAGGAUACAUUGCUACGGCUGCAAUAUACAUAUAUAUUAAUGACAGAUCCUGAUAGCUCAGGAGCACUUAUAAUUUAAAAAGGCAAAUUAGUGAUUUAAAUGUCUAAAGUAGUAAGAGAUGGUAGCAGUUGUUGAGGAAAAUGAUCUAUUUUGGAGUACAGCCGCCUUGCAUAUUUAGCUGCAGGAAACAGCCAUGAUUAUUUUGAGUUUAAAGGAGGACAAAAUUCUGCCUAGUACUGUGGCUGUUGAACAGUGCAUCUUCCGUGAUACAGUGGUAUCUGCAACUGAUAGCACUGUUGUCCCAUAAGAAUGGUUUUGUAGUCCUUGAUCUACAAAUACACAACUUUUUUUUUUUUUUUUUUUUU